AUGGAACAAGUGAAGAAGCCAAAGCGCGUGAUCGUUAACCGUCGUCCUCGGGCGAAGCUGACAAAGGAACACCUUCUGGCUCCAGAGGGCCUCCCAGAGGUGUACCACACCUUUCCAGAAGUCUUUCGAUCUGGCUUCAAGGGCAGGGGCCAUGAGGCGGAAGACCUUACAAGGCUGUUGGGCUUAUACCAGCGCUGGCAGCGCAGGCUGUUCCCUUACUGCGACUUCAAUGUUUUUGUGAAGAAAUUGGAGCAACUGGGAUCAACUGCAGCUGUGAAGAAUCAAAUGAGGGAGCUGCGUCAAAACGUGUUGAAACUUGUUGAUGAAAAGGAAAAUCAGCCCGAGGCUGCUGGAGCUGGAGAUGAACCUUGUGUUGAGCGACUGGACAUGGUGGAUGACGAUGAAUUCGUAGCAAUGCAGGCUGAGCAAAUGGAGGAGGAUGCUCCUGAUGACUUCUUCGAACAGCCCUCCAUGGCCCCUACAAGCGGCCAGGCAGUUGUGGAUCAAAACAUUUCCCAACCUCCCAGAUCCCCUGCAAAUGUGGUCCAGAGGGCUUUGCCCAACGAUGAUGAGCUCAUGCAACUGCUGGAUGAGCAGACAGAAGUUCUACCACGUGCAAAUGCCGCAGCUUUGCAGAGCGAAACGAUUCCGUUGGAUGAGGAUGAGUUGCUGGACUUGUUGGAGGCACCCACUGUCACAACAACUGCAGUUGCUGCUCACUGGCCUGAGGACCGUGGUGAGGAGACUGCCCACCCAAACGACGAUGAGCUCAUGGGACUGCUCGAGACUGAGGUGCAAGAAACAGCCAUUCAGGGGCAUGAGGCAAGUGCCGAUGAGUCCAUUGAGCAGCCUGGGACGUCGCCGAUCUGUGCCAAUGGGGCCGCGGGGCACCCUCCAUGCCCCCAGGCCGAGCGACUCUCUCCUUGUGCCCUCCCCAACGACGAGGAGCUCAUGGAUCUGGUGGAGGCCGCUCCUGCGCCUGGCGGCAUUGUACACACGGCCCCUCCUGACGACAGCGAGCUGCUGGACCUUGUCGAUGCCCCAACCACCGCUGACGAGACCUUAAGGCCUGGCCAUGUUGAGUCACCAGGGGCCGGUCCCGAUGACUCGUCGAGGCCUGGACCCAGCGGGUGUGUGCCCUCAACGCAGCUGCCGAACGAUGAGGAGCUUCUGGGCCUGCUUGGGGAGCAGGCUGAGGCGGGCAACGAGCUGGAAGGGAUUGAUGCCGGGACCAGAGCGCCUUCGACACAGCUUCCGAAUGACGAUGAGCUCAUGGAGCUGCUUGCUGAGCCCGGGUCGGAUGUGGAAACGGGCAGGAAAGCACCGUAG